AUGGGUAGAAGUGGCCAUUCUCAUAGAAGCACGCUAAAGAAAGACCACAAGCCAUUCAAAUCGAGACAUGCAUCGAAAGGGCAAUUGAAGAACCAACACAAGGGGAAAGUGGAAAAAGGUGCACCUGGAUCAGGCAAGGCACAAAAGAUUGUAUCUAAGUUAGAAAGAAGAAACCAAAACAAACAGCUCAAAGAGAAUAAGAUCAAUGAGACUAAACAGAUAAGGCGUCUUUUUGAGGGAGCCUCUGGCGCCGAAAAGAUAAUCACUGUCAUUGCCCUUACACCAGAUAUCAGUCCAGCAGGCAUAGCAUCUCAAUUGGUCAACAGCAUAAAGGCAUCUUCAGAAGACCCAGACGUGACAUUCACAAGCCCCUCGGUUGUGUCGCUUCGUUUACCUCGCUUCAAGUCGAAUGUGAAAUUCAUCUUGCCUGACCAAAAUAACUUGAUCUCCAUCCUUGAUGCGACCAAGUUGUCUGACUUCGUCGUGUUUGGACUUUCGGCAGAACAAGAGGUUGAAAAAGAGUACGGCGAACAAAUUUUGAGAGCGGUUAUUGCUCAAGGUGUAGCUUCUGUGGUAGGAGUUUUACCCAAUGUCAUAUCUGCAUACCCCAAAAAGAAUCUCCAGCAGGAUAUCCGUCAAUCAUUGCAUUCAUUCUUCAAGCAUUUCUUCCCAACGGAUGAGAAACUAUUUGCAUUGGAGUCCGAUUCAGAAUGCCUCAAUUGUAUUAGAAACAUUGCUCAGAAAUUCCCAAAAUCUGUCAGUUGGAGAGACACGAGGUCAUACCUUGUCGCUGAUAGCGUAUCAUGGGUUCCAAACGAAACGCAUGGCGGAUUUGCAGUUGUGGAAGGAACAGUCAGAGGCGUGGGCUUUAACGUAAACAGACUAGUCCACGUUCCUGGCUAUGGCGAUUUCCAAGUUGAACGCAUAGAGCAGAUUGCCAAACACAAAAAUGCUAUGGAAGAAGAGGGUCAGCCUGCGUUCAAUGCUGAUGCAAAUCAGGAGACUCUCGACGAACUCAACCCUGAAGAAGUUGCUAUGGAUGAGUAUGCUGACGAUUAUGAGUACGAAGACUACGGUGUGAGGAUGGAAGGAAAGAACUAUUUCGACGAUGGAAAUAAUGAAACCAACAGAAGGUUCAAAGUUCCAAAAGGCACAUCCGAAUAUCAGAGCAAAUGGCUCCUUGAUGAUGUUCUCGAGGCAGCUUCUGAUGUGGAAAGCGCAGAUGAGUUGGACGGUAUGAUCGAUGAGGAUGCUAACGUCGAGGACGGGCCUCAGGAAAUCGGCAUGGAUGAAGAAGAUGACAUGAAGUCACAGUACGGUGACAACCAGCUGGAGAUGUUCGUGGAGUUGUCUCCAGAGGAAGAAGAAGAACAACUCAGGCAGUACCGAGAGAUGGAGAAAGAAGAUCGUGAAUUUCCCGAUGAGAUUGAGUUGGCGCCCGAAGAAUCUGCAAAACAGAAAUUAGGUCAUUACAGAGGCAUCAAAUCUCUUGGAAAUUGCGAUUGGGAUUGGGACGAGCAGGACUCCGAAAGACCAUCUAUUUACAGUCGUUUGCUUAGAAUCAACAACUUCAAAGCAACUCGAAACAGGUUGCAGAAGGAUGCAGUCAAAGAUGCUCAAGUUUCUGCCGGUCAGAAGAUUCGAAUUUAUAUCCGUGCUCCCCCCAAUCUUGUGGAGAAUGUGGAUGUUAGUGUAACUCCAUUUGCUGUGUACAUGUUACUUCCACACGAACACAAGUUGGCCGUCACCAACUUCUCUUUCCAGACUUGGGAAGACUAUGAAAAGCCUGUUCCUUCUGGAGAGCAGCUCAUAGUGCAGUAUGGCUUCCGGAGACAGGUCAUCAACCCAAGCUUUAAUCAAGCUUCCAACACUUCAAACAACGUUCACAAGAGUGAAAGAUUUGCUCACCAUGGCGAGCUUAGUAUUGCCACCACCAUUGCCCCGCCAAUGUUCCAUAAUGCUCCUGCUAUUUUCUUUAAGGCUAAUGCCGAAGGUGGUUUAGAACUCGUUGGACAAGGAACCUUCUUGAACUGUGACCACACAAGAGUGGUGGCUGAAAGAGUCGUGUUGACAGGCCAUCCUGUGAAGAUCCACAGACGUCUUGUCACCGUCAGGUACAUGUUCUUCAACGCUGAAGACAUCAACUGGUUCAAGGCUGUGCCAUUGUUCACAAAGUCGGGUAGAACUGGAUUUAUCAAGGAGAGCUUGGGUACUCAUGGUUACUUCAAGUGUACAUUCGAUGGACGUCUCACUGCCCAGGACGUGGUUGCCAUGGCUUUGUAUAAGCGGGUGUGGCCCUCAGUGUCCCACAACUGGGUUGCAUAA